UUUCCUGGAUACGACGUUGCUAAGAACAUCAUAAUAAAGAAACUGGUUGUUUUGUUGCCCAGUGGAGUAUUUGGUACAACCAGAAGUGCCGAAGAUGGAGGGAGCCACAAUUUACGAUCUCAUUCCUGUAGAGGAAGCCAAAAGACAAAAACAGGCUAGGCAUGUAUCCAAAUUCAAGCUUACAGCCAAACAUGAACAUACGGAGAACAGAACGAACCAUAAAACAAUGGGACAAGCUAAGGUACCUGUUCCUACCACAGAUGAUUACCUAAAGAAGCGAUCAAAGGAACCAGUUUUGCCAGACAAAACUCAGUUCAGAUACCCUGACGAGGAGAGACGGAGGCCUGGGGUACCAGCCAAGGACAAUACUCCCCUCAUGGGUCUCAAAACAAACAAGAAUUUCAUCACAACCAACGCUGUCCAGAAUAUCACAUCCGUACCUAAAGCCUCACAAAAGAUCUAUUGUGACACGAGGAAUGGAGACAAGAAUUACCUUACACCAUCUGGUCUGGAGCCAAAAUACGUCCAUAAAAAGGAGUAUGGAGAUACACCCACGUACCUUGUGAAACGUAAGGAGGAGAUGCAGAGAGCCCAGGAGGAGUACGACGCAUACAUUGCUGAACAUUUCCGCCGCGGUGCCAUGAGGUCGCUGACCACCGAUGAAAGGCAGGCAAUAUUGAAAGGGCUACAGACAAACUGGGAAGAUAUCCAUGAUCAGUAUCAGAGUCUCUCAGUCGUUACGGACACGGCACCAAAGAAAAACCGCAAGGAAAGGAUGGAGGCUGAAAUGAAACAACUAGAAAGAGACAUUGAAUCUUUUCAAAGACACAAGGUCAUCUACAUUUCUAACUGAACAAAUUAAUUUAAUCUAAUUUGGACUACAUCAGGAAACGAUUUAUUUAACAGGUUCCAAAAUCUAAAAGGAAAACUCCUUUAUAUGCUGGAGGAAUUUACUUAACAAAGAUAUUUUGAAAAUUUCAUAGAGAACUCAUAAAGAAACAUUAUCAGGAGUAGGAGAAAACACCAAAUCUAAACAAAGAUGUUUUGAAAAUAGUGUCAUUAUAUAUUUUCAAUUUAGAAAAUAAAUUUGUGAAUUUUAUGUGUAGAAUAAUUAAUAUACUUCUGGAGUCACUGAUCAUGAAAUGCCGGAGCAGAUUGUUCGUGGUCUGUUCAGACAAUCGUGAAUAUGUAGUCUGAGAUGAAAAUAUCACAUGAACAUCUAUAUUUUCACAAGGAAUGGGUAGCUCAAGCUCAGGUUGCUUCUUGUUACCGUGUACAUACAUUCCCAUAUGUAUUUUAUCUUCAGAAAUAUAUAAUAUGUAAAUAAAUGUCAAUACAUACAA